UAUAAUUUUAUUGAUGAAUAAAUCACUUUUCUGAAACGUAAAAUGUGCAGUAAAACAACUUCAAUCAUGUUAGUGAAGGAGGUAUUUCGUCAGUAGGUGGCAUUUUUGAAAACCGCGGCAAAUACUGUUUUUAAUAUUAGAAUACUAUAAUGAUCGAAGAGGUAUCACUACUUUGCGCGCGAAAUUCAAACGUUACGUGUUGCGGUACACGAUUUUCUCUCCGCAAAGUUAUCGUGAAAGAAUAGGAAGAAGAAAUUACAAAUAAUUUAUACAAAUGCGUAGUUUAUUUGUAUCCAAAAAUAAAUAUAAGUAACUGUUUAAUAAUAAACGUAGUUCAUAUAUUACACAUGUGAAGUAAGAAAGUUUCGUGAUAGUUCUUUAUUGUCCAAAGGAGUAUAAUAUCUUCGCAAACGAUUUUGAAUCAUUGUUUUCUCCAUCUGAAAACAUCUAAUUAUCGCAAUAUGUAUUAACGCACUAUGUAAAUCGAAUGUCUGCGUCUGCGCUCGCAUCUUACAAUAUGUUCUCUUCCAGUUAAACCCUGCCAUCGUCUUAGUCGUUCAUCCAACGAAAGGAGAGGAUCAAGUUCAAUUUUCUUAUUAGUAUUGCCAGACUUUCAGUGGACGUUUGUGUUCCUAUCGGUUCUUAAAAAUUAAACGGUCAAAAAUAUCUUACAUCGAUGGCAUACACUUAAUAAAACACCUAUUUCUUUUCAAUUUUAACAUUCUUCUGUGAUAAAUAAAGUCGGUGAAAAUGCGGACGUUUAGCUCCUUCCUUCUGAUAACAACAUUUUCAUUCGUUAAUGUGCAAUGUUCGUCGAGGAGUGAAGAAAACUGCGAUUUCCGUCAGGUGAAGUCAAACACGACCGAAUGCGAUUUUAAAGAACACGAUCACCAUCUCGUUUGCUUUCACGGUCUCGAGGAUAAAUGGAAAUUCGGAGGCGAGAACGUGCAUUCGCUGUUGCUCUGCGAUUGGCCCGAAGAGACGUUCGAUCCUCAGGAUAAUCUUCAAGGAUUUAUCUCGUUGAAGAAGCUGACAAUCUCCAGAAGCAACUUGGUUAAACUGACAUCUCCAUUUCCAGCGGAGAUUCAUCUGGUAGAAAAGCUGAACAUAACCGGGACCAAGCUACAGGAUCUUCCGCACAACGCGUUCAACAAUCUCUCACACUUGAAGAUCCUUGAUCUACGAAACAAUAGCAUCACAGAAAUUAAUGUUACAACUUUCAAUAUUCCGUCGUUGCAUCAUAUCUACCUUUCAGCUAAUCCGUUGAAAUGUACCGACAAUGCAAAAUGGAUAUUGGACCAAGGAAAAGGUUCCUUAGGUCGCAAGAUUUCGGACAAGAACAAUCUACGUUGCAGCAAACCGUACGAAGGCAGGCCGCUCAUUCCAGUAAUAGAAAUAAUCAAAGCGCUGAAGGAAGAGUGUGCGAAGACGGUAUGCGAAUGUAAAUUGGUGUACGUAGUUGGUGACGGAGGAAAGCACAUCCAAAAGCAGCUGAUGGCGUUUGCUUCUGUAAACUGUAGUCAUCGUGGACUGACAGAGAUGCCUAGCUUCUUGCCAGCGAACACGACCACUCUUCAUUUGUCUGGAAACAAGAUAAAUGACCUGAGGCCACUUACGACGAAUCCAGCGUAUAGGGGAGUAAUAGAUCUGUACAUAGAUAAUAAUCUGAUAGAAUCCAUUGUCCAGUUGGAAGGAUCUAGUUGGAUGGAUGGUUUCAGGUUGCUUAGUCUUCGUGGAAACAGGCUAACCGAUUUGCCUACGUACGCCUUGGAGAACGUAUUACAACACAAUGGAAAUGCAGUAAGCUUGUAUCUUGGGAACAAUCCAUGGAGGUGUGAUUGCCUAUUCACGCCUGGCUUUCAGGAUCUACUGAUCAGAUACACGACCUUAGUGAAAGACAUCAACGAUAUCAAAUGCUCUCGUCUAAACGGGAACGAGCAUUUCGGCAAAAUUAUACGAGAUCUAAAACGCACGGAAAUUUGCAUCGCACCCGAUGAAGAGUAUUUGCUGCAUCCUAUAGACAUCCUGAACAUUAUACUAGCGUUGCUGAUAUUCCUGAUCAUUGUUAAAGUACUCUACGACUACUGGUCAUUCAGAAAAACCGGCAAGUUGCCAUGGAUCGUCACUAAAAUACCCUAGAAUACCAUGCUCCCCAGUGUACU